GAGCACGUGGCCCGUGGCCCCGGGCCUGGAGCCUAACAAUGCCUCGGCCUAGGCCGCGCCGGGGCCACAGUGCUUAUUUUUGGGGUGAUGAAAAUGUUCUGGAAUAAGAUGGUCGCACGACCUUGCGAAUAUUCUACAAAACCUGCCAAACCGUACGUACACUGUUAAACGGAGAAUUUUAUGGUAUAUGAAUUAUAUCCCCCAAACAAAAAAAGAUUUUCUACUACAGCAGUACUAUACCAUUUAUGAGUGAGGCACAUCCUAAAUAUCCAGCGACAGGUUCAUGGGGAUUAUAAAGGAUACUGGACUGCAGCGUGGAAAACGGUAACGCCACUGGUUUGAAAAGCCCUACGCAAAAUGGCCUCCACAGGGGGCUUGCCGUGGCCACCCUGCGUCGGCGUUUAUUUAAAACUCUACCUCACAAAUGAGGAAACGGAAGCUUAAAGGGCCAAGCAUGGUGCCCCGAAAGAUACACUGCGUGGGGGAAACGGCAUUCCACCCCUGCUGGUCCGGCCCCAGGACACCACCUCAACUACAAUCUCCACCGUUAUUUAAAACUGGAGUGUGGGGCUCUGGACUUUUGUUUCCUCCAGGAAGCGGUGGCCUCAGUCUUCUUUCCUUUGGGCUGUUUCUGCGUCUGCCAAGGUCUGUGGACCACACCACGCCCGUCCAGGGGGACGGGGUGUCAUGGUUUCUAAGGAUAACUGGGGAGACGACGAGGCUUCCUGGACACGGCGAGCGCUAGAGUGGACGGCGUGGCUUUGUCGCUACCGUAACUCGGUGUGGAGGUUACCUCGGGAAGCUUGGCUUCAUCCCACGGCUCCGUCACUUUACUAGUUCGCGAGUUACCUCGGGUAAGCAACAACCUCACUAGGGCUCUUCUGCGUCUGACGGAGGUAUUACACUACCACCUACCUCACUGGGCUGGUGUAUGGAAAGUUUAGUUAAUGCCUGAAAAGCAGGUGGCAGUGCCUAAGCACUCACGAGGCGCUUGCGUUAGCUGUUAUGCUGACCUGUUUGAAAAAAUCAACCUCAACCUCAACUUUCAGGCUCGGGGACCAGUUCUACAAGGAGGCCAUUGAGCACUGCCGGAGUUAUAACUCGCGCCUGUGCGCAGAGCGCAGCGUGCGUCUCCCAUUCCUGGACUCGCAGACCGGGGUGGCCCAGAACAACUGCUACAUCUGGAUGGAGAAGAGGCACCGAGGCCCAGGCCUCGCCCCGGGCCAGCUAUACACGUACCCUGCCCGCUGCUGGCGUAAGAAGAGACGAUUGCACCCACCUGAGGAUCCGAAGCUGCGGCUGCUGGAAAUAAAACCUGAAGUGGAGCUGCCUCUGAAGAAAGAUGGGUUCACCUCAGAAAGCACCACCCUGGAAGCCUUGCUCCGUGGCGAGGGGAUCGAGAAGAAGGUGGACACCAGGGAGGAGGAAAACAUCCAGGAAAUACAGAGGGUUUUGGAAAAUGAUGAAAAUGUAGAAGAAGGAAAUGAAGAAGAGGAUUUAGAAGAAGAUAUUCCCAAGCGGAAGAAUCGGACCAGAGGACGGGCCCGCGGCUCUACAGGUGGCAGAAGGAGGCACGACGCCGCCUCUCAGGAAGACCACGACAAACCUUACGUCUGUGAUAUCUGCGGCAAACGCUAUAAAAACCGGCCGGGACUCAGCUACCACUACGCUCACACCCACCUGGCCAGCGAGGAGGGGGAUGAGGCCCAAGACCAGGAGACCCGGUCCCCACCCAACCACAGAAACGAGAACCACAGACCCCAGAAAGGACCGGAUGGGACAGUCAUUCCCAAUAACUACUGUGACUUCUGCUUGGGGGGUUCUAACAUGAACAAGAAGAGUGGGAGGCCGGAAGAGCUGGUGUCCUGUGCAGACUGUGGACGCUCUGCUCAUUUGGGAGGAGAAGGCAGGAAGGAGAAGGAGGCAGCGGCCGCAGCACGCACCACGGAGGACUUAUUCGGUUCCACGUCAGAAAGUGACACCUCAACUUUCCACGGCUUUGAUGAGGACGAUUUGGAAGAGCCUCGCUCCUGCCGAGGACGCCGCAGUGGCCGGGGUUCGCCCACAGCAGAUAAAAAGGGCAGUUGCUAAACGCACGGAAUGGACUUUCUGGGCAAUUAGCCAUCACCCUGUGACUUUGGUCAUUGCUCUGGUUCUGAUAUAUAUAUUUUUUUAAUGAAAGACAAUUUAGGUUUUCCCUUCAUCCUUGCUUUUUCCUCUCACUUUCCACUUGUCCCUCCCCCUUCCUUCCCUUUAUUUAGGGUACAUACAGCAGAAGCACAGACUACUGAAACAAAACAGAACAAAAGAAAGAAUAACAGUCCUUCAGAGAGAUGGCAUCGUGAUGUACUAUUUAUUUUCCAUAGAAAUGGGAAGUUAGGCGGAUUAUCUCGUUUUUUGGGGGGAGGGGAUCUUUUUGACAUGAGCAGAGUUGAUUUCCUCAGUUUUCCUAUUUAUUGGCAAAACGAAGAGAGGAGGAACAUUGGGUUUGGAAACAAAGAACCAAUAACGUUAAAAAAUGAUAUUUUAUAUCUUCUAGCUAUGAUUAGAAGCAGGCCUUUUUUUUUUUUUGAGACAGAGAGAGAGAGAAGGGAAAUCAAAGAAACUGAAGUAAUAUCCUGUUUGAAGAAAGCCUGUAUGGGGGAGGAUUUCCUUGACGGGAGAGGAUGGUACUUGGUACCCCACGGAGCUGGUGGCUCCCCACGGCAGACCCCCUCCCCAUUUCUCCUCCCCCGACCUUUCCAUCUUCCUCUCUGCUUGCGAGAACAUGCCAGCAGUUCCUGAGAAGCCGGGCAGCCUGUGCGUGGCCCCCGUCCAGCCCCUGGGCCCUGACCUGCAGCGCCUGUGGGAUCCUCCUUCUCCGUCAGCAGAGCUGCUGUUUUCUUGUUGCUGGUUUUUUCCUCACUUUCCUCCUGGUGGAGAGCAAUUUCCAAACACAGGAAUGGAGUAUAAGCAGAAAGUCAUGGACUCAACAGUGACCAAACCACCCGAGGCCGCGCUCAUGGAAGAAAGGACGUUACUUCACAGUAGAUUUCCCUCUCCCCUCACCCCUGUUUAAAAACGUAUAAAUACCCAUUGGAUGAUCAAGUCUCCCAUAUUUCUUCUAUUUUUUAUAGUGCCCUCCAGGCACUUUGUUUUAUGUUUCCAGUAGCACCUCCUGAAAUAAACCAAAGCAACACUUGCUCAAGGCCCCUGGGGUGAUGAAGACCAUCUACCUUGCUGGCCAGCCAGUCCCAAGGAUGAACAGCUGUGCGGUCCUAGUCAAAAGGUCACCCCACCUGCCUGCAGUUCACCCUGAACAUGACCGAGGCUGUCAAGACCUACAAGUGGCAGUGCAUAGAGUGCAAAUCCUGUAUCCUCUGUGGGACCUCGGAGAAUGAUGACCAGCUCCUCUUCUGUGAUGACUGUGACCGCGGCUACCACAUGUACUGUUUAAAUCCCCCAGUGGCUGAGCCCCCAGAAGGGAGCUGGAGCUGCCACUUAUGCUGGGAACUGCUCAAAGAAAAAGCCUCAGCCUUCGGCUGCCAGGCCUAGGGCCCCAGGUCACAGAAUGGGGCUUGCCGCCGGAGAGGCUGAAGCAGAGCCCAGUUCAGAUCAGAUCGAGCCCCUACUCCUGUAUUUCCAGACAGACCAACUGUAAGGAACAUCAGUAACCACAGAGGGCGUGGACACGUGGAACCGAGGGGGCGAGACAUCUGCUUAACUCCUACACACAGGUUUCCGUUCUUCAGCCAGCCCCUCCUGUUUCUGCCAGAAAGAUGGUAAACUUUUGAAGAAGGACCCCAGCCACAGCCCUGUGGACCCCCCUCACAUUUACCCUAGCACUGCGGCCCUCUCACUGGUUCCCAUGUAAGGAGCCACUGGUCCCAUUUUGUGACCACCCAUCAGUCACUCAUGCGUGGUUUGGUGUUUCCUAUCUAUUGUGUUCCAAGAAAUCUUCGCACAGCCUCCCUGCCCCCAGCUUAGCCUCUUCAUCCUGAACCCAGCAGAGGAGCAAAGAGCUGUGGAGAAGUUUUUAUUUAUUACAAGUCCCGCUGGAAACUUCUAGACUCGGAACCUAGAGGCUGUCUAGACGAUGGAGCCCUGAAAUCCCUCCUUGUUCCUUGGUCCCCGUGAAGAGGAAGAGCUGCUUCCCCAGCAGAUAUCCAGUGGCAUCCACAGCCAGGGCGAUCUCUUGAUGGGGCUGGGGGUCGGGGGGAGGCCCUGAGGGGUGGAUGGAAAUGUUGUGAAGAUAAUUCUGAGGCCCUGCCAUAGCCAGUCAGUAUUUGCUGUCCAUCAGGAAUGGGCUGGCAAGGCACCGGACCUUCAGAGCUGGGGCAUCCUUGAGGAGAGACAGGCCACAGCCUGUGGCAGAGGAAGAGACCCAGACGCUGCCUUCCACUCAGCCUGGGUCUGGAGCUUUCCCUGGUGGGACUCAAGAACCAGGAAGGUGAGUGAAGGCUGCCAGGUCAAGAAUCUGAAGGUUGGUCCCAAGGACUGCAGCUCUGAGAAACCCUUCAGUAUUGAUGUGACACUACGAAUUCCUUUUCCCAAGUAAUUCCUUCCUUCCACAUAGUGUAUGUUUGCCAUUGUCUACUGAGACCUGACUCUUGAAAUUUCAGGAUGGGGGAGAAAUGAUUGUUCCCUAAACAAAUAAUUGGGGUGAUGUGAUUAUUUAUGACCAGGGCGACAAUCACACAGAAGCUUCAGCUCGAGGGCUGCUCCUGUCUCCUAAGCUCCCCAGUACAUGCUGGACUCUCCUUUUGAGAAGCCAGAGUUGGGGAGGCUCAGUUCCCAGAAGUCUGUGUUGGAAGUCAGCCCUGUGGGCUGGAGCGGACCGGGCUGCCUUUGACUCUCCGCAGCAGUGGCAACAGCAGCAACACACAAAAACUGACACAUUUCUGGAAAAAUCAUUUGCCUAAAGGACAGGUCUCGGUGAGCAGGACCCUGGCGCACGCUCAGCUUCCUUGACAUCAGCUCCAUCUCUGUGGUCUGGCUGCUUACAACAAAGGCCCAAGUUAUUUUUAGUCCUUCAGCUCCUGAAGAAGCCUCUGGAGCCCCAGAGGCUCUGGCCGCUUGGGCUACCUCUGCCGGGCUGCGGCCUUCUCGCCGAGACUUGGCAAGAACCCUUCUUCCUGGCUAAUUGCUCUUGGCCGGCAGACUCGGGGCAGCCUGGCACACAGCCGAGCUGUGCUGGUCUCCCCCAGGUCCUCUACGGGGUGACCUGUGGCCAAUGACGGGAGUCAGUCUCCUGCAGGAGCCUGUGGCCUUGGAGGGGGUUCCAUGCAUACAUAAGGACCUCGUUUAAAGGGCCUGACCAGAUGAGAUUUUCAUCUUCCUCAUGAGAUAUUUCCUUCCCCCUGCUGGUUGGUGAACCCGUUUUGGAUUCCGGAGGCCCAGGGAGGGUCUGGGAAGUUGCUAUGUGGUCGCAUCGUCCAUUUACCCCGGGUGGGUCAUAUCAGAGGGCCAGAUUUCCUCUCCUGACCACUCCGGCUCUCUGUCCUCCCACAAAACCCAAAGUAAGCGUCCUCAAAGCCUGGUUAUUGGUUUUGAAAAAUCACCUUGAUUUAAUUUUAGGAAAAAAGUCAUCAAAAUGUUCUCAAAAGCCACAAAUGGCUUAAAAGUUAAAAAAAAGCAAAUCUGAAACCAAAAUAGUGACCCUACAAGUGACAGACCCUCUUUGGAGUGUGUGCAAAUCUGUUCCCCACCUCAACGCAGAUGAUGGGGUGGCUCUGUUCUCUCUCCAGCCACACUUGCCGCCACAGAAGCUGAGAGGGUAGGAUUGGGUCUCGCAGACCAAAGACGGUGCUGUAACCUUCCACAGGGAUGAGGGUGGCCAGGAGUCUGGACCAGACAUCAGGAAGGCCCAUAGUUCCCUUCCCAGUUUCACUCCCUGAAGGAUGGGCCCAACCCCUUCUUCUUUGGAGACCUCAGUUUCCCCGUCUGGAAAAUGGGGACAGCAAAGCCAGCUUGUGAGGUGGCACUUGCAGGACACUGCAAGCAAACAGAAGUCAUGGUCACAUUUAUCACCUUCUGUGUUGAGAAAAGGAAAGUGUUGGUCAACAAUUGCUCUUUCUUUGAGCCCCAGAGAAUGAACUAGAAUCACAGGGUGCACAUGGAUGGUCAGGGUUUUUGUUUUGCCCCUGCCAUUGAGUAGCUGUGUGACCUUGGGCAAAUCACUUAACAUCUCUGAACCUCAGUUUGCCCAGCUGUGAAAUGGAGAAAAUACUUGUCCUGCCUGUCCCACAGUGACAUCAGGAGUCUUAAAAAGCAUAAUGUUAUAUAAAUCAUCACUGGAGAGCUGGACUUGUCAAGUAGGGACCCCAAAUGAUUUCUACACCCCCUUUCUUGUGUGAGUUAGCCAAGGUUAGACGCCUUCUUGGAAUCUCCAUUUUGACCAAAGGGGGUUUAUGUUUUAAGGAAGAGGCUGCCUGUGGUCAGGGCAACUAGGUCAAGCUGUGACAAGAAAACUGUGACUGAGCAUGGAUCUGUGGUGGAAGGUGAGAGAUCUAUCCUGGGGCUGGGGAUUUCCGAAUGAAGAUGCUCCCUUCUAUAAAGGCAACACAGCCUAGAAUGGGGUGCUAACUUCUGGAGACGGCUAUAAUUCAGCUCAGUGUAACAGUCACUUAAAAACUUUGGUUUAAAGCCCAGCUCUGUUAGUUUCUAGCUGGUUGACCUCAGGCAAAUGACUUAACCUCUCUGAGCCUCAUUUCCCACAUCUGUGAGGCAGGGAGAUAUGGCUUCUCCGGCAGGGUUUUUGCGGGGACGAGAGGUAAUGCUGCUGAAGGUCCGGGCAUGGGCUCUGGCAUGGGGAGGGACCCACACCUUGGUAGUUCUGGUCACUGGGUCCAGAGGCCACCACGUGGAGAUAAUGGUGCUGUUGCCUCACAGCUCAAACCCUGGGAACAGCCAGGGUGCCUUUCUUCUGCUUCACCCCGAUGUUGUGGCUCCCGCCGACCAGAGAGGAGGUGAGGCUGCGGGAUCCCAACCGGAAGUUGAAACCCUCUGUUUCCUGUGCGUAUUUUUGAAACUGCUUUUCGGGCCUGUAGCAAAUCCAGUUGGAGGCACUGGCGUGAGGAAUUAGAGACAAGGCCCCUGCCAGGAGAUUUACCUUCCGGUGGCUUUCCUUCUAAACCCACCACUGGCUCAGAGCCCCUAAGGCAGGAGCCAGCAGGUCCCAAUGAGCCCCUGCUCCUGUCAUUGCCCCAGGGUCAGGUAGGGAGCCAGGCAGGCCUAGGAGAGCAGCUGCUUCCCCAGGCUCAGCGCAGGCCGUCUGGGACCACGUAGCCAGC